UCGAGAUGAUUUCUUCAUUAUGGUUGUUGGGGGCCGUCUGCUGUCUGGUGCUCCCCGGCCUGCUGGAGGCCAAAUCUUUGUUAAACGACAUGCAGCAGGAGGAGAUGGUACCAGUCGGUAACGUAGGUAUCGACUCACAGAGAGCAAACAGCUUCCUGAGUAACUCCAGGCCGAAGCGUAACGCGGACCCUCGGUGGUACAGAGGGAACCCAGACUUCCAGUCCUACUACCGCUACUACAGCAGCAUCGGACACACUGAGGGGAUCUAUGAGAUCGACAAGCUGCGGAUGCUGUACCAGCAGAUGAGGGCCCUGGAGCACACCUACGGCCCCGACGCCUCGUACUACCAGAACAAGCUGGGGAUCCCGAUGGCUAUUCCUCCUCCCCCUCCCAUGAAAGGAAAGCCCACAGCUCCCCCCGCCCUCCCCCCGGCUCCUGUCAUCUCCCAGGCCGACGUCCUGUACCUGUGCAACAAGAAGGACCCCCUCUGCAAGCCCCACAUCGUCUACAUGCCCACCGGCUCUGUGCCCGUGCUCUGCGACCCCCGCUACCACCCCCACUGCACCCCCCAGAAAGCUCCAGCUCUAGUGGCAGCACUCCACCCUCCUCCUCCCCCUCCUCCACCACAGAAGUCCGCCCCGGCCCCCCCUCCUCCUCCCCCACCUCCAAUCCUCGUCAAGAAGACCUUUGCGGUCCCCAUUCGCUCCUUCAAGGGCAUGGAGUACGACUGUGACCCCUACUGGGACCCCGACUGCCUGAUUGACCACCCCCCCCGGCCCAUCAAGGGGAAGACUAUUGUGGUCCAGCCUCCACCCCCCCCUGUGGUGGAGGAGAAGGAAGAGGAAGCAGUGCCUGAGAUCCCUCCUCCUGCUCCCAAAGAGAAGAAAGGACCCAUCUUCCCUUACUUCUUCCCCAAGGCCUACAACCCCAUGGAUGAUCUGUACGACCCGAUGCGGUUCCAGUACCCGCAGCCCGUUGCCGCCGCCGACGAGCCCGCAGAGUCCGGCCACAGCCAGUGAAACCCCCCCCCCCCCAGAUGUGUGGGAGGCGAGGAGUUUGUAAUAUUACAUCAAACAGACAUUGAUUGGAAUUGAACAUUUUCAUAUUUUGAGGGAUUUUAACAUCUUGCAAAUGUACCAUCACUACACAACCUUUACUAAAGCAUUCAAAAGUUGCAGUAUUUGUUUAUUAAAUUGAACUGUUAAUGUGUUUACUACAGUUUGCAGUCAACACAAGUAUGUAUUGUUUAUGA